GAAGAAGGGUUACCGUCGUCACGGUCAAAGGGUACCUUGGUACCUACAGCUAUUCACGCAUUGGCAGACCAAGCAAACGCCCAUCACCGCCCGAGGGUUGCAUGUCCUAGCCUCUCCCUCUUUGUUUUUUUUGUGGGUAUCAUGGUAGUGGCAUGGGGAUGCGAGACUACACCAAAAGGUGUUGGCUGGCUGAGAGCGAAGAGGCGAAGGCGCAAGCCGCAAUAACGUAGCUGGCUAUUUAGUACUCCCGCCUUCCAACCUUCCCCCCCCCCUUGGCUCUCAUUCUUUCCUCUUCCCUCUCCUCAUCUCUUCACAACAUCAUCAUCAUCAUCAUCAGUCUUGUACUGCCUGUCUGCUGUGUGUUGGAUCUUUCUUCCUAAUAAUACUGUCGCUACCAUCUUGACACAUUCUUUAAAGUAAACAAACCCUCACUUUAUUGUCUUAAUAUCAACAUCAACACCACAGCCAAAAUGCGCGUCACAUCCCUCAUCCUCACCGGCGCCCUCGCCGCCCUCGCCAGCGCCCAGGGCACCUCCACCACCGUCUCGGUCAACACCUCCAUCGACCCAGCCACCGCCGCCCAAAACUCCCAGCAGGCCGAGAUCCUCCGCUGCAUCAACGCCUGCACCCCCGGCGACGUCAACUGCACGGCCAAGUGCAACCCAGUGCCCAACCCCGGCGAGCAAGAUGUCGAAGCCACAAACAAGUGCGUCUCCGAAUGCCCCAAGGGCAACGGCACCGAAGCCGACAACCUCGCCUACGGCCAGUGCUACAACGCCUGCGUCGCCGCCCACUACUACACCGCCACCCCCGGUGUUGCUCCCAAGCCCACUGGUGGCUCUAGCUCUGGCAAUGGCAACAGCAACAACUCUGGUAACAACAACAAUAACAACUCUGACAACAACAACAACAACAACAACAACAACAACAGCAACAACAACGACGAUGACAACAAUGAUGAUGGCGAGGAAGGCGGGAACGGCACUACCAACAACCAGGAGGGCAACCCCACUACUACUGGCGCCCCGGCUAGCGUGACCAGCAACGCUGCCGUUCCCGGUGCUGUUGUUGGCUCCGGGAUGGGGUUGUUGGCUUUUUUGGGUGCUGUUAUGGCUUUGUAA